AGCUGCAUUCCGGGGAACCUGGCCCCCUGUCCUGGCAUCCGGUCCCAAAAUAGAAAGGCUGUUCCCUUCCCCAGCGCUAAUUGCCAAGGAAGAGUUGGACAGGCGUGGAAUUGGUGUCCAACGUGCGGGGAAGGGAGGAACGUGUGAACACACAAUCCUGGGCAAGGGGCCUGGAGAAAGGGAGAUCCACAGGAGCAGUGGGGCAGCCAGGCGCAACACGAGAAAAGCUUCAAGCCCAAAACAGAUGUUUUCUGUCCCAGAAGAAGGGUGGUCAGAGAAGGGAAGCUGACCUGAUUAUUUGGACAUCUAGGCCUUCUCCUCUGCCCUGCCUCUUCUACUUCUCCUGACCUCCGGCAAGGGGACGCACCCAUUCCUUUCCCCCUUCCUCUCUUUCCCCGGAUGGGGAGGGUCUUCUGAUGCCUCUUUUCCAAGGGAGAAUAUCGGAUUGCAUAACGGGAGGCCCCAGAUCCAGAUUCCAAGCCCUAGGAUUUUAUGUUCUGUUCUUGCCUGUAAGCUAUUACCUAGUAUGGAGUUACACCUUGUUUAAGCCUAUGGUGAGCCUUGUUGAGAAAGGGAAAUGAGGAGGUGGAGCCAGCAAAGACAAAGGUAUAAUAAUUCUCGGAUCAGGAAAGGAGCGACCAGAAGUUGGUAAAAGUAUUUUUGGGAUGAUGGAAGAGACUUACACAGAGAAAGAUUUUUACGCUCAACGUUUUGAUCCCAGGGACCAUCUGGAAAAGUACUACAACGUUAGCCUUGUGGAUGAAGGAAUGGGUCAGUUUGUAACCUUUUUCCUGAGAGGGGCCCACAGGGCAUUCACCGUAGAUGGCAUCAAGGGAGACACCCUGAUCGACAUUGGCAGUGGUGCAUCCAUCCACCAGUUCCUCUCCGCCUGUGAGUCCUUCCGGGAGAUCAUAGCCACUGACUACUCUCUCCAGAACGGGGCGGAGGUGCAGCGAUGGCUGAAGAAGGAGCCGGGGGCUUUUGACUGGACCCCCAUCGUGAAAUACGUCUGUGAGUUGGAGGGAGACAGAGACAAAUGGCCAGAGAAGGAAGAGAAAGUCCGAAGAGCCGUCAAGCGGUACCUGAAAUGCGACGUGACCCAAGCCAACCCUUUGGCCCCCUUGGUUCUUCCUCCCGCAGAUUGUCUGCUCUCCACUCUGUGCCUUGAUGCAGCUUGCAAGGACAUCCCCACCUACCGAUCGGCCUUCAGGAACAUCAGUUCCCUCCUGAAGCCAGGCGGGCACCUCCUGUUCAAUUCAUCUCUUGAAGCGCACUACUACAUGGUUGGCCAACACAAGUUCUUUGCCCUCUACUUGGAGAAGGAGGUGAUCGAAGAGGCAGUGAGACAGGCUGGCUUUGACAUUAAGUGGACUGAGGAGAUGAGGAUCAACUGCCCUCCGCCCGAAGCCGAUGCAAAAGGGCGGUACAUCCUUCUUGCCCAGAAAUGCAGCCCGUGAAAAAUUAGACAGCUGGGGCUUUUUUUUAUAAGUUUUAUUAGUCCAUUUUGGUUUUAUCGCAUAUGAGUGCUUAAUAUACAGUUUGAGUCCACUUGAUGAUACAUGCUGCAUAUAUAGAAACUAGAAAUAACAAAUGUAAAAUGAAA